GGCCAGCCGGCGCGCCGACCCGCGCGCGCGCGCCCUCCGCCCCGCGGGGGGGGGGGCGGGCGGCCGGGGCGCGCCAUGGACGUCCGCGCGCAGGAGGCCGUCAACGGCACGCGGAUGUCCUGGAACGUGUGGCCGAGCACGAGGCUGGACGCCACCCGGAUCGUCGUGCCGCUGGGGUGCCUCUACACGCCGUUGAAGGCGAUAGAGAACCUCUCCCUCGUGGAGUAUGAGCCGAUCAUAUGCAGGUCCCGGGACUGUGGUGCGGUGCUCAACCCGUAUUGCUUCGUCGGGGCCGGCGGAUUUUCACUCGAAGACAUGGGGAUGCCCGUUCUGUUUGCAACGCAACCCGUUCCCGCCCCACUACGCGGAGCACAUCACUGAGACCAAUCUCCCAGCGGAGCUGCACCAGAUGUGCACCACCAUCGAGUACAUCAUUCCGCAGGCUGUCUGCCAGCCUCCAGUGUUUUUGUUUGUGCUGGACAUCGCGUUGAUCGAAGAGGAGCUUGAACAGGCGAAGGACUCGCUGCAGCAGUGCCUGGCGGUCAUGCCGCAGAACGCCCUGGUCGGCUUCAUCACCUUCGGCGCGAU